CGAGACCUCGAAUGUUUGGAAAUGACAAUCAAUAGGACUUUCAGUGUUUUAUGCUGUGCAUAUCAUGGCCGGUGAUUAGCCGGAACAUCCCUUCAUUUAGUUUUGAUUUAUAAAUUUAUUUUUAUCCACAAUGGAACUAUCACGGAUUGCUUUGGGUAACGGAUUAAAAAAGUCACUGCUUCAUUUAACGAAAAGCGUCCUUUCUGUGCACGUGGCGAGAUAUAUUAGAUUGGCUGAAGUGGGCAAGUUGGAAGCUCCAAAACUCCAAGGAAAGUAUGAAACUGGACAGUUGAUUUUACACAGAGUUUUUGGUUAUCGAGGGGUUAUUCUUUUUCCAUGGCUUGCCAGAGUGUAUGACAGAGAUUUACCAAACAGUACUGAAACUGGAAAUUUUAACGGAGUCGGAAAAGAAGUAAAAGGAAGAACACACACAUUUUAUCAAGUAUUAAUUGACCAGCGAGAUUGUCCUUAUAUUAGAGCACAAACUGAAGCCGUAACUUUCCUCGGGAAUCAUGAGAGCAGUCGAAGUCUUUAUGCUAUACCAGGUUUAGAUUAUGUUGCUCAUGAAGAUAUUUUACCUUAUACAACAAAUGAAAAACCAGCUUUACAACACGAACUCUUUGAUAAAUUUCUCUCUUAUCAUUCGGAUAAGGAUCCACCUUUCAUAGCUCAAGAUACUCUACAGGCAUGGCAAAAAAAAAAUCACCCAUGGUUAGAACUUUCAGAUGUCCAUAAAGAAACUACAGAGAAUUUAAGAGUUACUGUCAUACCAUUUUAUAUGGGUUGUAGAGAUAGCCAGGCCGCAUCGGUAUACUGGUGGCGUUAUUGUAUAAGAUUAGAAAAUCUUGGAGAUUUAAGCGUUCAAUUAAGGGAAAGACAUUGGAGAAUAUUUAGUUUGUCUGGCACGUUAGAAACAGUAAGAGGGCGAGGUGUUGUUGGUCAAGAGCCUGUAUUAUCAAAGACCUUACCAGCCUUUCAAUAUAGUAGUCAUGUUAGUUUACAAGCUCCCAGUGGUCAUAUGUGGGGAACUUUUAGAAUGGAAAGAGAAGAUGGAUACGCCUUUGAUUGUAGAAUACCACCAUUCUCUUUAGAAUCAAAAACAGAAGACGCUGCAACUCCCAAUCAAAAUACCUAAAUAUAUUUAAAGAAUAUAAAAGAAAAUUUACUUAGACUAAGAACACUGAACGAUUGAAGUUAUUUUUAAGAUAUAACCUUAAAAAAUUAUUCGGUUUCAAUGUAAUAAAUUAAACUCUAAUGAAUCACUAAAUUAAUUUUGUAUAUAACCUUAUGAGUAUUUAGCAUCGCAAACGUAGAUCUUGAUAAACAUUAUAACUUUCUAAACUUGAAAUGUAAGUUAAAAAAAAAAAA